CGAACAUGGAUUAUUUAUGGAUUGUGGGCCGGUAGUGGAUUAAGUGUGAUGGGCUGAAGGAGUAUGAUGGGCUGGUAGCCAACCCAAGUGGGAUGGUCGGGAGCAGUAAAGAAAAUAGGCCCGAUGAUGAUAAUGUGGGACAGCUAGCAUCUGUCCGGGAGAUUGAUAGAGGGAAUUUGAUGGGUAAAAGGCACAGGAAAAUAGAAGAGUGUUACCCGAAGGAGCUAGCAGAAAUCUGGGCGGAGCAGGGGCAGUUGGUGACAGCCAGAACAAAGCUACGGCAAGGGAGAAGAGAGAUGGCUCGAAAGGCUGCAACAGAAACAGUGGAGCGGGUUGGCAGCAUGUCUCUUUCUGAUGGAUGUAUUAUGCACAAAAACCAGGUAAUUCAAAGAGAACUUAAUUUGCAUGAGGUGAGGAAGAUGAUGAGAGUGGGGAAAAGGUUGGGUAUUGAAAUGCAAGGCAAUGAAGAGAAGGUUGAGUCUAGGGGUUUGGGGGGACCAUUGAAGAAGAAAGAAGUGGGGAAAUUGGUAAAAGUGGAAAAACCAGAUUUCUUAUUCUUGCAGAAGACCAAAUUAGAAGAGAUUGAUGGUAAUUUAUGUAGAAGAUUGUGGAAUUCAGAUGGCUUCGAUUGGGUUAUGAAGGGGUCAAUGGGAGCAUCGAGAGGUCUGCUGUGUGUUUGGGACAAGUUGAAUUUUGUGAAGAGGUUCUUGGGUGUUUCAGGGGAAUGGGGUACAAAGAAGUUGCAAUGUUAUUUUGUGAGUGUGAAUGUGUAUGCUCCAAAUGAUAGAAGGAAGAAGGUUGAGUUGUGGGAAGAGUUGCGGACACUAAUUCUAGAGAAGGGAGGACGAUGGUUGAUUGCAGGUGAUUUCAAUGCCGUAAGAUGUCUUGAAGAAAAGAGGGGAAGAAUAGGGGAGAAUCCAAAGAUGAGCGAUUUUAAUGCUUUUAUUGAGACAACUGGGCUAAUUGACAUUAGAUUGGCAAAUCGGUGGUUUACAUGGUAUAGAUCAGAUGGUUCUUCUAUGAGCAGGUUAGAUAGAGUAUUGAUGACUGAAGAGAUGUUUACUAUGGGAGGUGAAUGGGUGCAGCAAGGGCUGAGAAGAACUAUAUCAGAUCAUUGUGCCAUACUUAUGAAGACAAAAAUCACAGACUGGGCGCCAAAACCGUUCAGGGUUUUGGAUGCUUGGCAGCAGCAUCCUGAUUUCAAGAAAACAGUAGAAGAUAAGUGGAAUGAAUUAGAGGUGGAUAGGGAUAUGGAAGUUCUUUGGGUGCAAGUGUUGCACUGGUGGGGUAUUGAGGCUGUGUUAUCAAAUACAAUAGAAGGAGUUGCAGAGUUCUUUCUACAUGGUUUGGGUAAGAUUAUAGGGAAGGAAAUGGGAGCAUGUAUUUUCCUUGCUGUUUCUUGGUAUCUCUAGUACUGUAGGAAUGUAGGAGUUUUUAAGCAUCUUGUGAGUUUUAGGGAAAGGGUGGUGGAUAUGGUGCAAGCCAAGACUUUUUUCUAGAUUAAAACUAAGAUGCAAAGGUGUGUUUUUUCCUUUUCUGAGUGGUAGAAUAAUUCAAUAUAGGUUGC